GCUCCCGUUUCUUCUCCCUCCGGGACCUGCGAGGAGGUGGACCGGCGGCGGAGGGAGGGUCCGGCCCCUGGCCCUUUAAGGAGGAGGGCCGAGCGCGGCCGGGAGAGCCGGCGUGGCCCCUACCCCGCCCGCGCCCUCAGCCCAGAGCAGCUGCGACUGCAGCUCCGGCCGCCCCUGGAUUAGCAGCGUCCGCUCCGACGCCAAGAAGCAGGUCGCCACCAUGGUGAAGAUUGUGACUGUGAAGACCCAGGCGUACCCGGACCAGAAGCCAGGCACGAGCGGGCUGCGGAAGCGGGUAAAGGUGUUUGAGAGCAGCGCCAACUACGCCGAGAAUUUCAUCCAGAGUAUCAUCUCCACCGUGGAGCCGGCGCAGCGCCAGGAGGCCACCCUGGUGGUGGGCGGGGACGGCAGGUUCUACAUGAAGGAGGCCGUCCAGCUCAUCGCCCGCAUCGCCGCCGCUAACGGGAUUGGUCGCUUGGUUAUUGGACAGAAUGGCAUUCUCUCCACCCCUGCUGUGUCCUGCAUCAUUAGAAAGAUCAAAGCUAUUGGUGGGAUCAUUUUGACAGCCAGCCACAACCCAGGAGGGCCCAAUGGAGAUUUUGGAAUCAAAUUCAAUAUUUCCAAUGGAGGUCCUGCUCCCGAAGCAAUAACUGAUAAAAUUUUCCAAAUCAGCAAGACUAUUGAAGAGUACGCAAUUUGCCCUGACCUGAAAGUAGACCUUGGAGCUCUAGGAAAGCAGCAAUUUGACCUGGAAAACAAGUUCAAGCCAUUCACAGUGGAAAUUGUGGAUUCCGUAGAAGCUUACGCUGCAAUGCUGAGAAACAUCUUUGAUUUCAAUGCACUGAAAGACCUGCUCUCUGGUCCAAACCGGCUCAAGAUCCGUAUAGAUGCCAUGCAUGGAGUUGUGGGACCAUAUGUAAAGAAGAUCCUUUGUGAAGAACUGGGUGCCCCUGCAAACUCGGCAGUUAACUGCAUUCCCCUGGAGGACUUUGGAGGCCACCACCCUGACCCUAACCUCACCUAUGCAGCUGACCUGGUGGAGACCAUGAAGACAGGAGAGCAUGAUUUUGGGGCUGCCUUUGAUGGAGAUGGGGAUCGAAACAUGAUUCUGGGCAAACAUGGGUUCUUUGUGAACCCUUCAGACUCCGUGGCUGUCAUUGCUGCCAACAUCUUCAGCAUUCCAUAUUUCCAGCAAACUGGGGUCCGAGGCUUUGCACGCAGCAUGCCCACCAGUGGUGCCCUGGACCGGGUGGCUAAUGCUACAAAGAUCACUUUAUAUGAGACCCCAACUGGCUGGAAGUUUUUUGGGAAUUUGAUGGAUGCAAGCAAACUCUCCCUUUGUGGGGAGGAGAGCUUCGGAACUGGUUCUGACCAUAUCCGUGAGAAGGAUGGACUCUGGGCAGUCCUCGCUUGGCUCUCCAUUCUCGCCACCCGCAGACAGAGUGUGGAGGACAUUCUCAAAGAUCACUGGCAAAAAUAUGGCCGGAAUUUUUUCACCAGGUACGAUUAUGAGGAGGUGGAAGCCGAGGGUGCCAACAAAAUGAUGAAGGACCUGGAGGCCCUGAUAUCUGAUCGCUCUUUUGUGGGGAAACAGUUUUCUGUGGGUGACAAAGUUUACACCGUGGAGAAAGUUGAUAACUUUGAGUACAGUGAUCCAGUGGACGGAAGCAUUUCGAGAAAUCAGGGCUUGCGGCUCAUUUUUGCGGAUGGCUCACGCAUCAUCUUUCGAUUGAGUGGUACCGGGAGUGCGGGAGCCACCAUCCGACUGUACAUUGACAGCUAUGAGAAGGACAUCGCCAAGAUCUACCAGGACCCUCAAGUCAUGUUGGCCCCCCUCGUUUCCAUUGCCCUGAAGGUGUCACAGCUCCAGGAGAGGACGGGGCGCACGGCACCUACCGUUAUCACCUAAGAAGACAGGCCAGAUGUGGUACGUCCCUCCACCCCAGGACCUGCCCAGUCAUCUGAUUGAAGAACAUGGACGGAAACCAAGCAUAUUUCACUCAGGCUUUUUAGGCUUCAGCAUCUCCACUCACCAGUUGUUGAUGAAUGGCACAUCAGUGAGGCACUGCCCCUUGAUGCCUGUGGGAGCCCUGUGGGAAAAAGGGAAAGGCCCCAGGGGCCUCUGUUAACAGGAGACCCUUCCUUUCACCCUGCUGCUGUGUGAGUAUUUGUCUCUUCAGGGCCAGGUUCUGUUUAUACAACAGUGUAAGAGGGAGGCUGAUUAUCAGCGAAUGAGGCCAUUUUUCAUCCCCAGGAUGUGCCAAUGAAGUGGCAAUGCAAAUUCCUUUCUCCUUCGUGAAACUUUCCCCCCGUUUACUGUUUACAUGUAAUCCUGCAAAAUGCCAUUUCUUGUGCCUUCUCUCCAAUCAGAUCUUUUCUCAGAGUGAGACGUGCUUGUCAGGUUUCUGCCUUGUUUUGCAAUGUAGUCCCAUUCACACAAAUCAUUUGGGGUAUUAAAGAAAAAUAAGCUACUA